AUGGCAGAGCCGCGGAAGGAGGAAGAGGAGGAGGCCGAGGAGAGGGGCAAGCGGGAGCCGGGCCACCGGGCCACCGUCGCGGCCAAGAACCUGGCCAUCCUCAAGGCCCGCUCCCUGGACGUCACCUUCGAGGUGGGGGACGAGUACGAGGUCAUCGAGACCAUCGGCACCGGGGCCUACGGCGUGGUCAGCUCCGCCCGCCGCAGAUCCACAGGCCAGCAGGUGGCGAUCAAGAAGAUCCCCAAUGCCUUCGAUGUGGUGAUGAACGCCAAGCGCACCCUCCGUGAGCUCAAGAUCCUCAAACACUUCAAGCACGACAACAUCAUCGCCAUCAAAGACAUCCUGAAACCCGCCGUGCCCUAUGACGACUUCAAAUCCGUGUACGUGGUGCUAGACCUGAUGGAGAGCGACCUUCACCAGAUCAUCCACUCCUCCCAGCCCCUCACGCUGGAACACGUCCGAUACUUCCUCUACCAGCUGCUCCGGGGCCUCAAAUACAUCCACUCGGCCAAUGUCAUCCACCGGGACCUGAAGCCCAGCAACCUGCUCAUCAACGAGAACUGCGAGCUGAAGAUCGGCGAUUUCGGCAUGGCCCGGGGGCUGUGCACCAAGCCGGACGAGUACAAGUACUUCAUGACGGAAUACGUGGCCACGCGGUGGUACCGGGCCCCGGAACUGAUGCUGUCCCUCCACGAAUACACGCAGGCUAUCGACAUGUGGUCCGUCGGCUGCAUCUUCGCCGAGAUGCUGGGCCGCAAGCAGCUCUUCCCCGGGAAGAAUUACAUCCACCAGCUGCAGCUGAUCAUGACGGUGCUGGGCACCCCGUCCGCCAAGGUGAUCCACGCCAUCGGGGCCGACCGGGUGCGCGCCUACAUCCAGAGCCUGCCCUCCCGCCAGCCGGUGCCCUGGGAGAGCCUCUACCAGCAGGCUGACCGCUCGGCCUUGGCGUUGCUGGCCAAGAUGCUGCGCUUCGACCCCCGGGAGCGGAUCGCCGUGGCCGAAGCCCUCAAGCACCCCUUCGUGGCCAAGUACCACGACCCGGACGACGAGCCCGACUGCGUGCCCGCCUUCGAUUUCGACUUCGACAAGCAGGUCCUCACCAAGGAGCGCAUCAAGGAGGCCAUCGUGGCCGAGAUCUGCGACUUCCACGCCCGCCGCGAAGGGAUCCGCCGGCAGAUCAGUUUCAAGCCCGCCCUCCGGCCGGCCGCCGCCGCUGCCCCGCCCGCCGCCGCCACCCCCUUGCGCUGCCAGGACGUGGACAUGCCCAGUGCGGGCUCCACCGGGGGAGACUACGCCAUGGAGUCGCCAGCCCCCGGGGAAGUCCCGUACCCUCCGGAGACCAUUGACCUGACCUCGCCCGGGGCUCCUCCCCACCCCGAGGGGCCGGCCGAGGUGAAGGCAGAGCCGGAGGCCGCGCCGCCCAAGAGGGAGGGGGCCAUCUCGGACGACACCAAGGCGGCGCUCAAGGCCGCGCUGCUGAAGUCGGCUCUGCGCAAUAAGAACAAAGACACCCAGUGCUCCGUGCCAGAGCCCCCGGACGUGCGGAAGCCGGUGACGGCCCAGGAGCGCCAGCGGGAGCGGGAGGAGAAGCGGAAGCGACGCCAGGAGCGGGCCAAGGAGCGGGAGAAGAAGCAGAAGGAGAAGGAGCGGAAGGAGCUGCGGCGCGGGGACGUGCUGGGCGGACUAGUGCUGAGCGAAAACGACCGCAGCCUCCUGGAGCGAUGGACCAAGAUGAUUGACCGGAACCACCAGAAACCGGCUCACAACGGGCCCACGGACCACGUUCUGGCUGCGUCUGCCGGCCACAUCCCAGCCACGCCUGCCGGCCACGUUCCACCGGGAGCCACCGGCCACCUCCCAGCUGCACCUGCCGGCCACCUUCCAACCAUGCCUGCUGGCCAUGUUCCACUGGGAGCCACUGGCCACCUCCCAGCUGCACCUGCUGGCCACCUCCCAGCCACGCCUGCUAGUCACAUUCCACCAGGAGCCACCGGCCACCUUCCAGCUGCACCUGCCGGCCACCUUCCAACCACGCCUGCUGGCCAUGUUCCACUGGGAGCUGCUGGCCAACUCCCAUCCACCCCUGCUGGCCACCUUCGAUCAGGAGCCACUGGCCACCUCCCAGCCACCCCUGCUGGCCACCUUCCAGCCACCCCUGCUGGCCAUAUUCCGGCAGGAGCCGCUGGCCACCUUCCAGCCACCCCUGCUGGCCACCUUCAACAAGGAGCCGCUGGCCAACUUCCAGCCACCCCUGCUGGCCAUGUUCCGGCAGGAGGCGCUGGCCAGCUCCCAGCCACCCCUGCCGGCCAUGUUCCACCAGGUGCCGUUGGCCACCUCCCAGCCACGCCAGCCGGUCACGUCCCAACCACAUCAGAUUUCUUGAGCUUCCCCGAGAAGGCGCCAGCCAGUAGCGGCCCCAGACUCACCGUACUGCCGAUAGUGGCAGAUCCAGCCCACGGCUCGGCCCCCAACAUGGUCCAGUACUUCCCGGCCCCGCCCGGCCCCUUCCCUCCGGUGCUGGUGGCCCCCACAGCUUGUCACAAAGCUUUACCUAAACCCGAGUGCCUCCUGAGUGUCAAAUAUGCCCCGGGUCAGGUCUUCCAGGCCCCCUUUGGCCUGGCAGGGAUCAGCGCAUGGCCCGGUGUCCAGUGCCCAGAGAACUGGACUGUGGCUGGGAGGCUGGCACCUGGAGAAGUCCCAAUGACUCCUAGCGGGGCACCGCCUCAAGAGGGGCCAUCAGUCCGCGCUGUGGGCAGCCUUGUGACACCAGGCCGGGAGGGCGUGGGGUUGGAUCCGGCCGUCUUCCUGCAGGAGGUGGGGAAGAGGGCGCCAGACCCGGCAGUGGGAGGAGUCAAAGGGCCCGGCCAGCACCCAAUCGCCACGGCCGCGUCGCCGGAAACCGCCCCCACCACGGAGUCGCCCGACAUCACGAUGGUCACGCACCAGCUUUCCAAGUCACAGGUGGAGGAUCUCCUGCCGCCUGUCUUCUCGGUGACCCCCAAGGGCAGCGGCGCAGGCUACGGCGUGGGCUUUGACCUGGAGGAGUUCCUGAAUCAGUCCUUUGACAUGGUGGGGGAGAACAGGGACAGCCAGGGCGAUUCGGCCCCUCUCUCGGCCUCCCUGCUGGCUGACUGGCUCGAGGUCCAUCGGAUGAACCCCGCCGACAUGGAGUCCCUCCAGCAGGAGCUGCAGCUGGGCUCUCCCAUGAUCCUCUCCGACAUUCCCGACCUCCAGGACGCCUGA